AUGACAGGUACUGUGGCUGCAUCAGCGCAAGCCGCUCAGACAGGAUCAGCCGCACAUAAGCCAUUCCGGUCCAUCGAUCUGUCACCGGAGCUCAAGAACAAGAUCUACACUCUUUUGCUCGUGAAUGACAAGCCUAUCAACAUCCAGAGCUAUACCCGCCCCGGCUCUGGCUCACGCCCAAUAGCACAGGAAAACUCGAUUCAACCAGCCAUUCUUCGCAUCUGCAGUCAGGUACAUAAUGAGGCAGUAUCAAUACUCUACGCCAAUAACACUUUCGACACUUGGUCCGAUAUCGCGCUCCGACGUCUGCUCGAACAGAUAGGUCGCAACGUCAAGCACCUUCGUCAGGUUCAGGUUCGCUACGCCAACACCAAGAUCCAUCUGCAGAAGUCACUCGUCUUGCUCAAGCCGGCUAUCUCUCUCCAGAAGCUCGACAUCGGGUGCAACGCGAGGCGUAGUUUCGGGGCGGCACAGCUUGCUGCAGCCAUGGGCCCAAGGGUGCGGGCGAUGCACAAGGCUCGAUCACGAAUGACGGGGUACAACAUGAAGUACAUUCUGGACGUUAUUGCCAUGACGCCAUCAAGGUUGUACACGACAGCAGAACUACAGGAAGCUGGAGAGUAUGAGAAGCAGGCCAAAGAGCUGAUCGGAGCCACUCCGGAGUGA